GACCUUCGUACCUCUAUAUUGUCUUACUGUAAACAAGGCGAGGAAGGCAGUAAUUGGGCCCGAAUUAGACUUCAUUUCGAGGCUUUAUCAGACUUGUUGACCGCCCAAAAUCAAGAUGCACAAGUGAUUCUGGCUCAAAAGAGGCAGCUCUGCGACAGCCAUGGGAACUACAAAUAUUUACUGUCCCUGGGAGGAUAGCUCCCCAGAGUCUCUCCUUGACCUCUGCGGGAAAUAUGUAAUAUCUCACCCUGAAACCUUUUGUGUUCUCCAUCCUGAGUCAGGCCUUUGGUGCCUCAGACCAGGCCUGGCUCUGCCAAUGGAGAUAUGUGAAAAGCUUAUAACGUUAUGGCAAGACGGCGAUCCUAAGGGGUUGGAUGAUAAAUUCAUUAAUAUAUUUAAAGACCUGGCAUGCACAAGGCUAAAAAGAAUAACAUUAAGAAACUCCUCAGUGUCCGACCAUGGGCUGAAUCUUUUACUCUCUCAUCAUUUAGUGGAAGUAGAUAUAAGUAACUGCAGUAAACUUACAGAAAGAACAUUAGAAAAUAUUAAUAAAGUUGGUGAAACUUUGACAGCCUUAGUGAUUGGCAAGACAAAGACUGUGCUGCCAGACUCAGUGAGUCUUCCAGAGUCAAGUGAUAGCUCUGAUUCCAGUCCCCUGAGUGAAAUUGAGCAAAGAGGCUACAUUCUUAAGACUCCCAAUUUACGGAAACUUGUGGUGCGAGACCUCUACCUACCCAUGGAGCCCCAGUACUUUGCUCUCCUCAUGAAGCCACUCUCAAAGCUGACCCACCUGGACAUGUCAGGCUGCUUCUUCCUGGAUGAGCUGACCUACAUCCUCCACAUGAAGUUUCUAGUCUCACUGAAUCUGCACAGCGUCCAGAGGAUACAAGAUGCAGUUCCUACCAUCAUGAAAAUUAAGACUUUGAAAUUUCUGGAUAUUUCUCAAGUUAACCAGAAGUAUGGCAUGUUUGAAUCCCCCAACACAGUUUUAGGGAAUUUGGUUACCAGUUUGCCAAAUUUAACAGGACUGGACAUCUCUGGAACAAAUUUACCAGGGGAUGGAACAUUUGACAACUAUAGAGACUCAGAUAAGAAUGGUGUAAAAGAAGAAGAUAUGGACACAGACAACUUGUGCGACAUCCCAGGCCUCCAAAGCCGUGAGAACAACCCACUUGAGUUUCUAGGCUUGUACAACACAACUCAUGCUGCCUGCCACAGAAGUCACAUCCCAGCCAAAUUGGUUACUGGGGAUGCAAAUGAAGAACAAAUCUUAGCUGCUAUUGCAGCAUACCUGGACAGGCCAGAAGUGCUAGUCAAAGCACUGAAUGAACUGUUCCACAUCUUCCGUUUUGAGACCUGUCAUGACCAACAGCGUGCUCUCAACCUCAUCAUCCUCUCAAUGUUGAGACACAGACCUGACAAACACAUUCAGAUAUCUGGCAGUGCAUCACUGUUCUACAUUGCCAAGAGUGAAGACAAGAGUGGGUUAAGUGUUCGAGCAAGACGGAAAAUGAUUGUUGUGCUGUUAGAUGCAAUGGAGACCCAUCUUGAUGACUCAACUAUGAUGCGUAAUGGCUGCCUAACUCUGUGCCAGUUUAGAAUACCACAAGAUGUUCUCUUUGAGUAUCCUCGCCUGGUGUUGUUGGUUUUGCACUUGAUUCGUGGACGUGGUGAUGGAGAUGAUUUUGUCAGCCGCAUUGCAAUCUAUCUCCUGAAUUCUCUUGCAUGUCAAGUAGAUGGAGAGCAGAAAGAACUUGUGGGAGAUCUUGGAACCAUUGAGACUAUGUUGAAGCUGAUCAAUGAUAGAUUGCAACAACAUGUUCAUGAUGACAUGCUUGAGAUUGCAUGGUCAGCAAUGUGGAAUGUAACAGAUGAAACUCCAGUUAAUUGUCAGAGAUUCUUAGAUGGUCAUGGCAUGACCUACUUCCAGAAGUGUCUUAGGGAAUUUCCUGACAAACCAGAACUUCUACGCAAUAUGAUGGGAUUACUAGGAAAUGUUGCAGAGGUGAAAGAACUGAGAUGCCGUCUCAUGACCUCAGACUUGCUGACCACCUUUGCUGAUUUAUUAGAUUCUAAUUCAGAUGGGAUUGAGGUUAGUUACAAUGCAGCAGGAGUAUUAUCUCACAUUGCAAGUGAUGGGGUGGAAGCAUGGACCAUAGACCAUCCAACAAGGAAUGAAGUUCUAGAGCGAAUGGUGGCAGCUAUUGAGCGAUGGGAUCUUGCAUCUAAAAGAAAUAUCAACUAUAGGUCAUUUCAACCAAUAUUGAGGCUUCUAGAGGUUUAUCACACACCACAGUGUCAACAUUGGGCUGCUUGGGCACUUGCAAACCUUACUAGGGUUUAUCCAUGGAUCUCGACUCCGACAGUUAGUGCAUAUGAAACACCAGCGCUAUGCAGAAAUGAUGCAAGAGGUUUUUCUUCUUCAUAUUUUUGUGUGAUCUAUGUUGUUCAUCUUUCAACAGACAAGUUGUCUGUAUCAGUAUGCUUGUGUGUGUGUGUGUGUGUGUGUGUGUGUGUGUGUGUGUGUGUGUGUGUGUGUGUGUGUGU